AUGGAAUUGUUCAAGGAAGGAAUGGAAUUGCUUGAGAUUCAUGCUUCAAAUAUUCAACAAAAGAAUGAAAUUGUUCAUUCCGUUGCGAGAUGGAAUGGAAUGGACCAUUUUGUUCUUCCAUACGGUGGUUCUGUAGAUAUUGUUUCUUCUGGUCGUGGCUUGCAAGAAAUGGAAACUAGUAGACAGGUAUGCGCGCUGGGAAUCAGAAGAUGA